GACGCAUCCCUUGCGAGUCAUCAUUGGUCGCUUUCUUCAGGUAGUCCUCGGCUAGGGAAGUAAUCGUACUGAGACUCGUUGCGGUUGGACAGCGAUUGGGCAGCGCGAGGAGCCGAGUGUCGUUCAAAUGACGAUUGAACAGCGCGUGAGGAGUAAUGUCCGCUGAGAUAGUUGACAGCUAACGUUAGUCAAAAAGCUAACGCAAUUAGCUUGGCCAAGAGACUCCUAAGUUAUUGAAAGCAACAACAUGGCAUGAUAAUAUAAUAAUUGUUCAUCGUUAUAGUCCCUAUAGGGGAUGUUUAGUUCCAAACGAAUGCAUUGAGCAACGUAUUAUGUGCUAUGUGGACUUUCAGUUAACGUUAAAUGAGUUCAGUAACGUUAAGUGUUAGUUGUUUGUUCUAUUAAUAUUAGCAGCACGUCACGGUAAGUGAAUUGUCAGUACAUUUCUGACGGUAUCUUUAAUAAUUUGUAACAAGUUAAUUUAACCUGUUCUUAAGGUUACGUUACAUCUAACGUUACGAACUCUAGACCGUCAGUUAUUUUCUGAAAAUGAAAAACUGUGAGUAUCAACAAAUUGACCCACGAGCGCUCAGAACAUCAACCACCGGAACGUCCUCCACCCUGCCCUGUGGGAGGAAAAGCUCCCAGCGCUUGCGGAGAAAAUGGGAGAUUUUCCCUGGGAAUAAUCGCUUCUACUGUGAUGGUCGUAUUAUGUUGGCCAGACAGUGUGGUGUGCUCCCGCUGACCAUCGUCCUUAUUGUCAUCACCAGUGGCUUAUUCUUCACAUUUGAUUGCCCCUUUCUGGUGGAUCACCUCACUAUCUUCAUUCCAGUAAUCGGUGGGGUGUUAUUUGUAUUUGUCAUCUUCACCCUCCUUCAAACCAGUUUUACAGACCCAGGGAUCUUACCCAGGGCUUUGCCGGAUGAGGCUGCGGACAUAGAGAGACAGAUUGAUAAUUCUGGAUCUUCAACAUACCGUCCACCUCCCCGCACUAAAGAGAUACUCAUAAAUGACCAGGUGGUAAAGCUUAAAUAUUGUUUCACAUGCAAGAUGUUCCGUCCGCCCCGGACAUCCCACUGCAGCCUGUGUGACAACUGUGUCGAGCGGUUCGACCAUCACUGUCCUUGGGUCGGGAACUGUGUUGGAAGGCGCAACUAUCGCUUUUUUUAUGCCUUCAUAGUGUCACUAUCAUUUCUGACCUCCUUUAUCUUUGGCUGUGUGAUUACUCACCUCACUAUACGAUCACAAGUUGCAGGCGGUAUCAUCCAGGCAAUACAGGACAGGCCAGCCAGUGUUGUGGAGCUGGUCAUUUGCUUCUUCUCCAUCUGGUCCAUUCUGGGUCUGUCAGGUUUCCAUACUUAUCUUGUGGCCUCCAACCUCACAACCAACGAAGAUAUCAAAGGCUCUUGGUCCAGUAAAAGAGGUGAAGAUUCAGGGAAUCCCUACACCUAUAGCAACAUCUUCACAAACUGUUGUGUGGUGCUGUGUGGGCCAAUACCACCCAGCUUGAUUGACAGAAGAGGCUUUUUACCUCCAGAUGACGCACCUCAAACUGUGACCUCUGAUGCUGAGCUCCCUCCUUUCAUGGCCAAGAAUGACACAAACAUGGAGGAGAACUGUCAGGAGUUUGCGCUCUCCUGCACUGCCUGAAGGCUCCUGCUGCUCACUGACGUUCAAUGUGCACACAGGGCACAAAGGAGUUUAUAGAAUCAAUGGCACACUCUACAGUGAUCCAGAGCACCUGCACUCCAGGCACACCCAAAACCUCCCCGGUUACCCAAGAGAGUCCACUAAGUACCGUCUCCAUCAUGGUCUCUCCCCCCAGCAAGCCUUCCACCGGCUGCUCAGGCCGCCAGGCCCGACGCCCCACAGACAUGCCUUGCCCCCAGAGAGGGAACAAACGGGCUGCUCUUCACACACACAAACCCGUGUUGCAUCUACCCAGCCCCCCAUACUCCCUCGGCCACAGUCCGCUCUUUUUUAGUGACGCUCCCGACAUGGGCUUUAUCCCACUGAACUGAGCGCAGUAUCUCAGCCACCAGCAGCCUUGUGCAAAUAUUCUCCUCUCUGUUAUCGCUUUGAAAACAGCAACACACCUUUUAAAAAACUGUGACGUUCUAUACUCAGGAUCCUCUCAGGAAACAUGCCAUCUUUCAACAAAUGAGAAUAAGCCUGGAUUGAUUUUUUUUUUUUUUAUAAAAGAGCGAUUUCAAAAUUUUUGUUCCGUUAUCAUCAACAUACACAGAACUGCAAAACAUCUUUAGUAGAUGCAUUUGGUUUUAAGUCCUUUUGCACAGAAAUAUCAGCAGGUGAUCAGUGUUUUAUGGAACCUCAAGCCAUUUGUUCAGCCUUUUGCCAUUGAUGCAAUAAUUAUAUGCUUUGAAAGGUCACUUGGGUCUAAAAACAGCCGUAUUUCAGAGUCACUUGUUCAUUUCUCUUGAUUUUGUGUGGCGUUAAAGACCUACAAUAAAGUCAUUGGUUUAAAAAUAUUUGCACCAACAGUAUCCGAGAGCUCAGAAUUUGAGUGUUAUAGAGUUACCUUUGUAUUUGAUACACUGUUACUUUUGAUCCAGAGCUUAUCAUCUCCUGUAUAAUGUUGUGACUUCUAGUGAAUUAACAGCAUUUAUAUUUCUGCUUAUUUUGUGCUCUUUUAAUACAGGGUUUUUCCUUCUUUGAAAAUUUCUUUGGUGGCUACCAACGUGAAAAUUUGUGUUUCCUAAAGCAAAUAAUAUUAGCCUUUGAUGCGGUAUUUUCCCCAUCAGAUCGUUGUCUCUUUAUCCUGAGUUCUACGUUUUGAAAUGGAAAGUGUUACAGCACAACGCAAACAACAAAUCAUAAAACCUGUGUGACCCAUUGAGGUGUCAAACACCUUAAACAACUAGUUAGCCCUAAAUUCAUAAUCAAUAAUCUCUGGGAUGCAAAUGUGGAAGUUAACUUGUUUUUUUCUUUUCUUCUUCUUACAGUUCUGAAAGUUUUACACGUGACGUUAGUUUGACUUCCUUGAACAUUUUGAGGUAGGAAAAUUGGUAACACUCGAUUGUAGGUAACUAAUGUAUCAAGAUCUAACAAUGAAAUCUAUACAUCCACUGCAUUUGUUAAUGUUAAAUUCUACGUAUAAUAAUACUUUAACUAAUGAUAGUUUAUACAACUCGAAAUGUUAAUGUAUUAUGAACAAACAUUAACUACAACUUAGAUUAAUACAUACAAAAGUUUUUAAUUUUUAAGCCUACGAAAUUUUACCUUCUUGCAAAGUGUUACCAAAAAUUGUCAAAUUCAUAAAGUUCCAGAUGCUUAGAUCUCUUAUAUCCUACGUAAAUAUAAUAACAACUAGAAUACAUAUUAUGAUGCUUAUUAUUAUUAGUUAUUUGCAUUUAGUAUAAUCAAUAAAAUUUGCACGUCUAUGUAUUGUAAGAUACCACUUAAAAUAAUUUUUAAUCUAGGAAAAACCCUGUAGUAUUUCUGAUUUUUUAUUAGUGGGUCAAAAAAUGUUUUCUGAUUGUUUUUAUUAAAGUGUUUUUACUAAGCUUGUUCGAAGAACUGUUAUAACUGAAACCUUUUGCCUUGAAAUUGAUCAAUGAUGAAUUAUGAGUCAGUUACAUGUACAUCAUCAUCAAGACAGUUUUUCUUUUAUAAAGAGUCUGGCACAUUAAUAAAGUUGACCGUAUAAGUUGAAAUGUCUUGCACAUCUAAGAACUAGUCCUUAAAUAGAAGUUUAUCACUGCCAGCAGUGUUUGAGGGAAAGUAAAAGAAUGUAUAACUUUUCUUGUGUUUUGUGUUACUAUCCUUUUUCACCUGAAGACUUAAAGUAAUAAACAAAUGUUCUUUCUAAAGGUUA